AUGGAGAACCAAAACAUUGAUUUCGACGGCACCCUCUACACGGCGGAGGGCGUCUUUGACUCGAAUUACGACCCGAACCGCCAGCCGACGUACAACUUCUCCCAGACGUGGCCCAUCCCCAUCUCACCCGCGACGGCCAUGGCGCAGCAGCAGCAGCAGCAUCAGACGGCCGCGAGCCAGAACCACCCCCACAACCAAGCCCACGACCACCACGAUGGAAACCAGCAGCACCAGCAGCACCAGCAGCAACAACAGCAGCACCAGCACAAUGCACGCCGCGUGCAGACCGUGGCCGCAUCAACUGCCCAGCACCACGCGGGCACCAUGGCGCCGCUACAGACCACCAUGGGCAUGGGCCUCAACUUCCCUGCGGCCAUGCAGGCCAUGAACCCGAUGGUCGCCAACUGGAUGAACUUCAGCCCGGACGGCUUCGUCCAGGACGCCUUCAGCCAGAGCAUGGCCAUGGGCGACUUCAACGGCGCCGCAUACAGCACCCAACUGCAGAACUCGCCCGUCGACUUCGCCAUCAACAUGACGUCGAUGAGCAUGGCGCCCUUCCCCUCGAUGAUGCCCACCACCACGCUCGACAUGCCCUUCCAGAUGGCCGACUUCCAGCACGAGUUCCACAACACCGGCCUCGCCAACCCCGACUUCACCACCCACUCGGCCGCCAGCGUCUCUACCGGCGGCUCGCCCGGCGAACAGUGGCUCGAGAUCCGCUCCAUCCCCGGCAGCGACAAUGAGUGGGUCGACCUGGGCAUGGGCAGCCACAGCCAGCGCAACUCGUACGACUUCUCCGGCAACGCCGCCGUCAUCUCCAACCCCGCCUACAACCUGCACAUCCGCACCGGCUCCGACUCGACCAACUCGAAUCACUCCGACUUGGCCCCUCGCUCGGCACACUCAUUCAGCAGCUUCGAGGAGAUCCAUCCGUUCAUGAAUUCGCCCCAGUCGGAGACGGACAAUGCCCUCGAGCUAGUGCACUCGAGCUGUAGCCACGGCGGCUCCGGUCACAGCCAUAGCCACAGCCACGGAUCAGUCCACAGCUACAGUCACGGUCUUCCCCUGGAGCACGACUUUGCAAACUACAUCUCCCCCAACCAGUCCGUCAGCCCGCCCAUAGCCCGCGCUGAGCCCAUCAUCAAGCAGUCGGCCUCGAGUACAGCCUCGCCCACGUCCUCGGCUGUCAGCUCACCACCAGCCGCAGUGACCCGCAGACGCAAGUCGCCUGUCACGACGCCAGCAGGCUCCAAGCCAACCAAGACCAUUGUCAAGAAGACGCCAGCGCAUACCACCAAAAAGGACGCCACCGGUGAAAAGCGUGUCGGAAGACGCCGGGGUCCUCUGAGGCCCGAGCAGCGACAGCAAGCCCAUGAGAUCCGAAAACUUCGUGCUUGCCUGAGGUGCAAGUUCCUCAAGAAGACCUGUGACAAGGGCGACCCGUGCGCCGGCUGUCAGCCGUCCCACGCUCGUCUGUGGCAGGUUCCCUGCACCCGCAUUGACAUCAAAGAUAUUGCCUACUUCAUGAAGGACUGGAAGGCAGACUACGAACGUCACGUCAGCUUGGGCUUCUCCAUCGGCAAUAUCAAAGGCUUCUCGCCUCAGGAGCGCCCCAUCUACGUCACCCACGGCUAUGGCCACUACCUGCCCAUCAUGGCUCGCGAGGUCUACGUCCGAGACGAAAAGUGUUUCGGCGUUGACUGGUGUGAGAGUCUGACCGGUCUACACUUCGAGAUCAACACCGCCAAGCUCUCUGCUGGUAUGGAAGGCAUUUCGCGCGCUAUGCUCUCUGAGUACCUAGACCGCCACAUUGAUGGAGGUUUCGAGAACUUCGUUGACGAGUACUUUGAGGGCACAUACUUUGUCACCGAGCUUCUCAAGACUGCGUACCGCUAUUACUGCCGGGAAAAGCUCCCCGUCAUCCGCAAGGCGCUGAAGCUUGUCCUUGCUUACAACCUGACGAUGCAUGUCACCAUGGUCGAAGGGCUUGGUGGCGAUGGAGAGGUUCCCCUUGGCAACAUCGAGGACGCCCAGUCCAAGUUCAGCGGCAAGACUGUCGCCCCUGUCAUGAUCAACUUCCAGGUCAAGUGCGCCCUUGCCGACAUGUGGCGCGAGCUGCAAAAGGACGUUCUCGAGGAGCUUUCGUCCUUGUACCAGUCCGUUUACAGCGGUGAUAAGCUCAAGAACUGGCCCACCAUCUUCAUGCUUGCCGCUAUCCUCCUCGCAGUAUGGGAGCUGAUCCAGUUCGAUUGCAACUACCGCGUUCCAGAUCUUGGCUCGGUCAACACCUUCUGCACUGAAAUGGAAGGGACACCCGUCGGUGUCAUCGUUGGCUUGUUCUCUGCCAUCUCCCAGAAACUCCCAGCCUUUACCGAAUGGGACACGAGGAAGCACCAUCAUCUGCUCAACUCGAACCCAGCGGUGUGCGACGCCAUGACUGAAGUCAGAUCGCACGUCACCAAAUAUGAGGGUUACCUGCGCUCAAGAAGCGAUUGCAAGUUUGACCGCCAGGACUUCGACUCGUUAUCGAACAAAUUCCUGUCCAAGCUUGUUAUCCGGGCCAACUAGAGCCCCGGACUCAACACCACAUCUUCGCCAUCUUUAUCCUAAUCUUCACCAGGCUGCAUCAUAAUCUUUUUAACCACAUAUACUUACUUCAUCCAACAACCGACACCCCGCAGCUCACUCUCACGGCACCACGAAACGAUCCUCCGAUGACAUAACGUGUCCGACGUUUGCUACUUAACGGCUGACGACCUCAAUAAAAAACGAUGAACGACUUGACCUGACUUUGCAUUUUUGCGAUUCCCCGGCGUCCUAUGGAAGCCACGUUAGCGAUCCAUCAUUCCGGUUUCCAACCUCCAACUACCACACGCUCUUUUCGGCAAACAACGGAUUAUUUUCUUUCUUAUUUACUAGUUGGAUUUAUUUGAUUUUACCCUCAUGGUUGACGAUAGUCACACGACUGAUGGCCACGACCUCGUUGAAUCCUUGCGGAGCAGAACAGUGUGCUCUGCUAUCCGGUUUUCAUUUUUCAUGUUUUGAGAUCAGUAGUGGUGGCAGCAUCUAAGUUGAUGUUGCUACAUUAUGUCUUUCGAAACACUCUUCAUUAUUUCUUUUACGGUUUAUUGGCAUAGCGAGCGAGCGAAUAGCUUUCACUAUCGCAAGAUAUGAAUUGCUCUUGCUGCAAAACAUGUUGGAUAGCUAGUUAUCAACUAGCAUCUGUCAGUCUCUUUCGACGACGAUUGUGUAUUUAUCAGAAUGUUUAUGGGAAUUGGACCACUAUUACUAUCACGUCAUCAAUGGCAGCUGCUGCACUAAUCG